GGACGCUGCGCGGCCGCUGCUGAUGCGCUAGCCGUGUGGGGCUCUCCGGGCGGCGACGGCGGCUCUCGUAGGCGGUUCCGGUCCUGUAUCUCGGGGCGGCGGCGGCUCAUGGCGGCGACGGAGCUGAGAGGGGUGGUGGGGCCAGGGCCGGCGGCCAUCGCAGCUCCGGGCGGCGGCGGCACCGGUCCCCCCGUGGUGGGAGGCGGCGGCGGCCGCGGAGACUCGGGGCCAGGCUCCGGGACCGCGCUGGGCACGGUGGCCGCGGCGGCGGCGGCGGGCGGCCCGGGCCCCGGCGCUGGGGGAGUGGCGGCUGCGGGCCCGACCCCUGCGCCGCCGGCGGGGGGCUCCGGCGGCUCCGGCGCCGGGGGUUCGGGCUCGGCUCGAGAGGGCUGGCUCUUCAAAUGGACCAAUUAUAUCAAAGGCUACCAGCGGCGGUGGUUCGUGCUGAGCAACGGGCUCCUGAGCUACUACAGGUCAAAGGCUGAAAUGAGACACACCUGCCGUGGGACCAUCAACCUCGCCACGGCCAACAUCACCGUGGAGGACUCCUGCAACUUCAUCAUCUCCAACGGUGGCGCUCAGACCUACCAUCUGAAGGCGAGCUCAGAGGUGGAGCGGCAGCGCUGGGUGACGGCCCUGGAACUGGCCAAGGCGAAGGCUGUGAAGAUGCUGGCAGAAUCGGAUGAGUCUGGAGAUGAAGAGGCUGUGUCGCAGACUGACAAGACGGAGCUGCAGAAUACCCUGCGGACGCUCUCCAGCAAAGUGGAGGACCUGAGCACGUGCAACGACCUCAUAGCCAAGCAUGGCACGGCGCUGCAGCGCUCCCUCAGCGAGCUCGAGUCCCUGCGGCUGCCCGCCGACAGCAACGAGAAGAUCAAGCAGGUCAACGAGCGGGCCACGCUCUUUAGGAUAACAUCCAAUGCCAUGAUCAAUGCCUGCAGAGAUUUCCUCAUGUUAGCCCAGACCCAUAGUAAAAAGUGGCAGAAGUCCCUUCAGUAUGAAAGAGACCAGCGUAUCCGGCUGGAAGAGACCCUGGAACAGCUGGCGAAGCAACACAAUCACCUGGAGAGGGCCUUCCGGGGGGCCACGGUGCUGCCGGCGAACACCCCUGGCAGCGCUGGUUCUGGAAAAGAUCAGUGCUGCUCUGGCAAAGGAGACAUGAGUGACGAGGAUGAUGAGAAUGAGUUUUUUGAUGCUCCUGAGAUCAUCACCAUGCCCGAAAAUUUGGGCCACAAACGUACUGGCAGCAACAUCAGUGGAGCCAGCAGUGACAUCAGCCUGGAUGAACAGUACAAGCAUCAGCUGGAAGAGACCAAGAAGGAGAAGAGAACUAGAAUACCAUACAAGCCAAAUUACAGCCUCAAUUUAUGGAGCAUCAUGAAGAACUGCAUUGGAAAAGAACUCUCGAAGAUCCCCAUGCCGGUGAACUUUAAUGAGCCCUUAUCCAUGCUUCAGCGCCUUACGGAAGAUCUGGAAUACCAUGAGCUGUUAGACCGAGCUGCAAAAUGUGAGAACUCUCUAGAACAGCUCUGUUAUGUUGCAGCUUUCACCGUGUCCUCCUACUCCACUACUGUCUUCCGUACCAGCAAGCCAUUCAACCCACUCCUUGGGGAGACUUUCGAGCUGGACCGAUUAGAGGAGAAUGGGUACCGGUCCCUCUGUGAGCAGGUGAGUCAUCAUCCCCCUGCUGCUGCACACCAUGCCGAGUCCAAAAAUGGCUGGACGCUGCGUCAGGAAAUCAAAAUCACCAGCAAGUUCCGAGGCAAAUACCUCUCCAUCAUGCCCCUCGGUAGCAUCCACUGUAUUUUCCAUGCAACUGGGCACCACUAUACUUGGAAGAAGGUUACCACAACGGUGCACAACAUUAUUGUGGGCAAGUUGUGGAUAGAUCAGUCUGGUGAAAUUGAUAUUGUGAAUCACAAGACGGGAGACAAGUGCAAUCUUAAAUUUGUUCCUUAUAGCUACUUCUCUCGUGAUGUAGCAAGAAAGGUAACAGGGGAAGUGACAGAUCCAUCAGGAAAAGUUCACUUUGCCCUUCUGGGGACAUGGGAUGAGAAAAUGGAUUGUUUCAAAGUGCAACCAGUCAUUGGGGAAAAUGGGGGUGAUGCUCGGCAGAGAGGCCAUGAGGCAGAAGAAAGCAGGGUCAUGCUAUGGAAAAGGAACCCUUUACCGAAGAAUGCGGAAAACAUGUACUACUUCUCAGAGCUUGCUCUGACGCUCAACGCCUGGGAAAGCGGCACCGCCCCCACAGACAGCCGAUUGCGGCCUGACCAGAGACUGAUGGAAAAUGGGCGCUGGGAUGAAGCCAAUGCUGAGAAGCAGCGCCUGGAGGAAAAGCAAAGACUUUCCAGAAAGAAGAGAGAAGCAGAAGCUAUGAAAGCCACAGAGGAUGGCACACCCUAUGAUCCCUAUAAGGCGCUGUGGUUUGAGCGGAAGAAGGACCCUGUUACCAAGGAGCUAACCCAUAUUUAUAGGGGAGGAUACUGGGAGUGUAAAGAAAAACAGGACUGGACCUCAUGCCCGGACAUUUUCUGAAGUGGCAGCAACGAGAAAGAGGAGGAUCCAAAGGAGAAGAGGACAGAGGAUGUGCGGGAAAGCUGGCGUUUGGGACUCUGACCGAUCGCCUUCUUCCAGUUUGUCUGUCUUAACCAAUCAUUUUGUCCAAAUCAAUCACCAGAAGCAGACACCAGUGGUGGUGAUUGGCUGGUUGCCUUAGCUGAUUGAAACUGAAAUCGACUUACUAGGUACCUGUGUGUGUGAGGGGGAGGCUUAGUGGCCGGAGUGGGGCACUGCUCCACUUCUGCAGUCAGGCGUUCUGGCUUGUCCUCCUCCCUCUGCCCCCACUUUAGGAUGACGUCAUUCACCCUUCCCUGUAGCAUCCUGCUCAGCCAAGGUCUGCAUGAGGUGAUGAUUCGGGGGCAUUUUGGUGCUGUUCAGAGCGAGAGCUGAAUUUAGAAGCUCCUUGAAAGGAGCACGUAAGACUUAACCAAUGGAGGCAUCGUGAAUGACCGCGGUGGAGCUUAGGCAUGGCGUCACGAGAUGGGGUCCCUCACGGGGUCAGUCUCAUGGGCCAUCCGCCCUGAGAUAACUACAGUAUCAGAACAAUUGCAGGGGGACUUGUCCUGUAAGAUUGGAACACUCAGACUGACAUUUCUUGGAAGUUUCUAUCUUCAUUUGUGUAACCUACCCUUCUGCUGUCCUCUAUCUUUGACAGCAACCGGAGGCCACUUUGGGGGUUGGUAGGAGGGUUGUAUUGUCCUCACAAGGGAGUUUAUGGACUUCCUCACACGGGGAACUUGUGAGAACACAACGCAGGGUGGAAAAGACUGCCAGCCACUUUGCUUUCCCAGUUCCUCCUCACCCCCAUUCUUCAUUGCCUUUUUUGCUCCUCCCUCCCUCCCACCCUCCCUCCCUCUC